CUACAACUAUUGCUACCAUGCUGCCAUAUAGUAACUUGCAGCCACUACUAUAUGCUACAGUCAUCUGCCGCCCAAGUCAAAAGACCAGGCAUGGCAAACACAGGAGCAGGAGCUCCCACUACUGUUCAAGCAUGAUAACAAGCGAGAGCAAGGGUAAUUAUCUAACAGAACCUACCGUAUCCUGUGGCCUACCAAUAUGUGCCAUCUACUGCUAACAUCUGUUAUGAAAAUCUUCUCGGUGUUUGAAAAGAAAGCUGAUGUCAUGGUUGGUGACACGACGAUUUCGAUGAGCAGGAUGAAUAAGGUGGCCUUCACAAUGCCCUUCACCGACACAGGGCUGUCGAUGAUCGUGGCACUGAAGAAAGAUUCGAGCAGGAGCAUGUGGAUCUUCCUACAGCCACUGACUAGUACCCUCUGGAUCACCAGCCUUGCCUUCUUCUUCUUAACAGGUUUUGUUGUGUGGGCAAUUGAGCACCGAAUAAACCCUGAAUUCCAUGGCACACCUUGGCAACAAUUUGGCAUCAUUUUCUACUUUGCCUUCUCGACUCUUGUCUUCUCCCACAAGGAGAAGCUGGAGAGCAACCUAUCAAGAUUUGUGGUGAUCAUAUGGGUAUUCGUCGUGCUUAUCUUGACCUCAAGCUAUACAGCGAGUUUGACAUCAAUGCUGACAGUCCAGCGGCUCCAGCCAACUGUGACUAGCGUGCAAGAUCUUCUAAGAAAUGGUGACUGUGUGGGGUACCAAAGUGGUUCUACUGUGAAGUAUUGGCUGGAGGAAAUGGGCUUCCACAAGAAGGACUUGCUGGGUUAUGUCACAGUAGAGGAGUAUGCUGAGGCCCUGCAAAGGGGAUCAGGGAACGGAGGGGUCUCUGCAAUUGUUGAUGAAGUCCCCUACCUAAAGAUAUUCCUGUCAAAGUAUUGUGAAGGUUACACCAUGGUUGGCCCAACCUACAAGUGGGGAGGCUUUGGAUUUGCUUUUCCAAUAGGGUCACCCAUGGCGCACGACGUAUCACAUGCCAUCAUGACACCCGCAGUGCAGCAGGAGAUGGCGCGGAUAGAGAGGAAAUGGUUCGGUGACCCAGGAGCCUGUGAGAGCAAGAGCGGCGGCAUCAACUCGUCCAGGCUCAGCUUCAGCAACUUUGGUGGGCUGUUCCUCAUUACUGGCAUGACCUCUGGCCUUGCCCUUCUCAUAAACCUUAGCAUCUUCGUUUACCAGGAGCGAGACAAGCUCAGGGCUGCAGCGUCUCGCACUAGGUCGAUGUCGCUGCAGAGGUUGCACACAUGGUUUGAACGCCUUGGCAGCGCCGAGCACACUGAGUCACCCAUCAAUCAUCAAGAAGCAGAUAGGCGAGUAUGAGAGGGAUGGCCGCUAGUCAAAUCAGCUUCAGGGAGAUGGAUGAAUGGAUGCUGGCAACGGAGUCAACAAGUAGGGAGUGGAAGGAAAGCAACCAUACUGCGUCCUUUUGUUAGAGAACUUGCUUCUUUUCUUGAUCCUAUGGCAGCUGAUACAUAGUACUAUUUGCUAGAUGAACUUGUUUCGUUGUUUAUCUUGUAGUUGAUAGUAAUAUAGGAUUCCGUUGUAAGCUAGCCUUUUGUGCUUCAAUGAACAAGGUGUGCUGUUAACCAAAGACAAUUAUUAGGAGGAAAUGGAAUUGUGCAAUCUGUUACAUUUGUCC